AUGGAGGUCAAGAGAGUCAUUCCUAUUGUCGUGGCGUCGGUCCUCGGCGUUCUUUUGUUGAUCACCGCCGUCGCCAGUGUGAUUACCGUAGUCAAAGUGUUCGGCAUUGCGAAUAGCGUGGAUGAGAAUGCCAGUACUACACCAGCGGGUAUAACAACCACCAGUAAGUCGGGAUUUCUGACAAGGAAAGUACUUCUAAGGGGCAUGGAGUUAUAGGUCGAGACAUACAAAAUGCAAAGCUUUUCUGAUUCAGAAUAUGUAAAAAUUAGCUUCCUAAUUCUGGAUUGUAGGGGUGGAAAAACCCUCAGAACAUUUCUCGCAACGGCACGCAAAUAAAUGCUUUUUUGACCAAGUUUUCACAAAUUCAAAAAUUUUGUUUCGGGCUAAAAUGAACCCUGACGUCGUGACGAGCAAUAUUAAAUUUGAUUAAGACUAGGCUCUAAUAGUAGUUCCAAUAUAUUACAUUCAAAAAGGAUUUCUGUGCCGAAAUUGGAAAAAGCGAACUCGUCUUUUUUUCGUCAAGAAAUACAUUUAUUGAUAAAACUUGUUGAAAAACCAAAAUUGGGCAAGUAAAUUUUUACAUAUUCUGAAUCAAAAAAUUAUGCGAUUUUUUUGAUAUAAUAUAUGUCUCGACCUGUAACUACAUACCAUAUAGAAGUAAGCGUUUCGUAUUUAAAAAUUACAGCAGCUCCGCCGCAACCCGGCAAUGACACUGUUAAUGUGAAUGAUCCAGAAGUUAUCGACAAGUCUUCAGCGAGAUUUCCGGAGUUCUUAGCAUAUUCACAAUGGCUAGGUGCAUCAAUGAACUUGACUCGAGAGCCUUGCACAGACUUCUUUGAAUAUGUUUGUGAGGGCACAAAUGAGGAUACAAUUGAUGAUACACAAACAAGAAACGAACAACUGUUACUUCAAGUCAUGAACAGACAACCCGUAAGUCAUCACUCUACAAUUUUUUAGGAAUUCCAACCUUUGUGUAGCUAAUUGCAAGGGGAUAAAAACGGAUUUUGUUGUACAAGGGUUGAUUUCACGGGGAUAUAUUACGCUUUUUCAAAAGUGCAGACACAUUUUGUCGUGGGCCACACUGUGCACAAAAAUCCCUUUUGCGGGGUGCAUUUUGACCUUUUGCACUGUGCAACCGGAUAUCGCUGCGACGCAAGCUUUUCUCAACGGAGCCGGCGCGAAUUUUUUGAAAUUGCACAGUGCAAAAAUGUUUCGAAUCGGAUCGCGUCGCGCGGGGAACACGAAACUUGCACUGUGCGGUGCAAAAAAGGCCGGAAAAUGUGUCUGCACUUUUGAAAAAGCGUAAUACUCCAAGAGGACGCUCAGAAUUUUUUUAGGUCGAAAGUUCAAAAAGUGUACGUUUUGGCAAACUUUGGCAUAAAAUUCUUAAAAUUCUAAUACCUAUUUUGACCGCAGAUGUCCAUGCUCCCACAAAAAAUAAUUUUUUUAUGCCCAAAACUGACACAGAAAUUGCCUAAAGCAUUGUUUCUGGCCGCUCUCCGCGUUUCGUGUACUCUUUCGGCCGCCAAUUGAAUAUUAGGCUCUCCCCAAAAAACACAAGCUAAAAUUUUUACGAAUUGCUAAGGAAUUGAGUGGUUUAUGUUUUAUUAUGCAAAACUUAAGGAAGUAGCUUGUCAGUCUAUGAGUAAUGCUAUAGGGAUUUCCAUAUGUACUAUACCUAUUCGUUACCUCAAACUUGACUAAAAAUUUUUAGAGGCUGCCCAUUGAAUUCUAUCUACGAGACCUCCGAGACAAGUGCAUUAGAGAUAUAAAGAACCCCAAUCCAAGCGAUUUCAACGGAUCCAAGUUCAUACCCCAUUAUCUGACAUUUAAAAAUCUUGUCGGCAUUGAUUUCCCCACACUGAUUGGGAAACAUGCACAACGUAGGCCAACGUCCUCAGAAAUGGCGCGAAUAUCCGCGCAUUUCAACAACUAUGGAGUUAAUGGCAUCUUAAGCACUGGCAUUCACGCAACAUUUCAAAGGAGUGACAAUGUGAUCACCGUGUUCUUUGGACCAACAAGUCAGCUUUUUCUACUUGUAAGGGUUGUCUAUGAAGUAACUGUAAUGUUUAGUAUACUCUUUAUCAACUAAGAUACGAAUGGGAGCAGCACAAGCCAGCGCUAAAAGAGAGUUUGAUGAUUCUGAUUAGCAAAGUGGCAAAGGUUCUGGCAAUUCAGGUGGAUCUCGGCUUAUUGAACGACGAUGUGGAAAAUGUUUUGAGGUUAGAAAAGUUCUUCAUCGACAACGUCUUUACGGACAGGACAGAUCCAGUCGACUAUGUGCGGUAAGUGUUUUUUGUAUGUUUCCUGCGAUAAAUGCAAAUAUUGCCCGAGAGACGGUACCAGUUGCAGCUGCGUUAGUCUCGAGCCCUAUGUCGCUACUACAUAAAAGAAAGUACUGAUAAGUUGCAGCCAGUCUGUCGGGAAAAUAAUGAGCCUAAUGUUGCUGUGCCGAUCGCGUCGCUGAAGCGAAAAGCAACUUGAUUUUAUAAACUUCAUUUUCUCAGCGACGAUGCGAUUUUUGAUGCGACAAAGUUCUCACUAUUUACCCGACACCCUGAUAUACAUAUAAAAAAGUAUUGACAAUAAAAUUUCAGUGACUACGAGGAGCUGACGCCGCAAGCUGCAAGCAAGGAGUACAGUAUAAUUGACUUUGACUUAUUCCUCUCCGAGUAUAUCAAAGAUGCAUCGGAUCAGGUUAAGGCACAUGUUCGCGAUCCUUCUUUUAAGAUCUUGAUAGAGACUGGGAGCAAGCUCAACAAGGUUCAAGACUUCUUACAAACCUCUGUUGACGGACGAACGAUCUAUAAUUACUUGUUCAUUCGGUUGGCUUUGAAUUUUCAAAGAAUGUUGCUGUCGGUGCCAACUCAAAUAACUUCAAAGUUCAGAGAUGGUGGGCUACAAACAGAGAAGAAAAGGCGACUAAUGAAGGUGGGAUUUACUAGGGAAGCAAUUCAAAUUGACCCCCGCCAAAUGAGAAGUAAUAUACAUGAUUGAAGAGCCUUUGAAAAAUGUUACAAAACACCAUUUUGAUUUUUUGCAGAGUACCUUUCUGCGACGACAUACUGUCGAUCUCAUUAUUUUUAGGUCAUUUUGCAAAAAAAUCUCUCUUUCUCUUGGACGGAAAAAAACCCUCGCAUCAGAUUUUGUAACUACUAAAGUUACAAAUCGCUCAUAAUUUUUUGCCUUGGGGUAUUCUGCAAAAACUGAAAACAGUUUCUAACACUACUAUUCAAGGGCUUUCGGAUGGUAUAUAAAACUUGUUAUUUGGUGUGGGUCAGCUUGCACACUUCCCCAGUUAAGGUAGCAAACUCAACUUCUUUGCAGGACAAUGCCAAUGACGUGCAGACUGCAUGCAAUAGUUAUGUAAUUGGGAAUGUUUCGUUAGAAUUAUUGUAUGAUCGAUGGUUUAUUGAAGCGGCUCUGCCAAUCCCUGAGGACCGGAAAAGCAAGAUUGCAGCGAUCUCUAGAAUAACAGAAAACAUCAUCAAUGGAUUUGCGGUAAGUCGGCCAAGACAAGCACUUGAGGCACUGUAAAAACUCAUUCCUUUUAGGCUCAAAUAUCGCAACUCGAUUGGACGGAGAAGGCCAAAGAAAAGGCAAUCAUAAAGCUAAAAAAUAUGCGAAGAAACUUGGUCUAUCCACCCAUAGUCUUCAAUGAUACGCUCAUCACUGAGGCCUAUGCAAACUACAAGACCGACCAAAGCCGCAUCUUCUCUGAUGAAUUGUACGCAAUAGCUCCAACUAUGGCAGCGGCGCAAAAAGAAGCAUUGCUCAUUAAAGAGCGUGGCAGGGAUGAGUUUCCACAGGUUGUCUGUAACGCCAACGCUGGGUACCUUCCAACACGAAACUCCAUAAACAUCUUCGCCGGCAUCCUACAACUGCCGAUCUUCGACGCCGACUUCCCGCUUGCAGUGCUGUAUGGGGCGGUAGGCACCGUAAUCGGGCACGAAAUUGUACAUGGCUUUGACACGUCGGGGGUGCAGUUCGACGAAGAAGGCUACGUGGCGCCGUGGUUGGAUCAAGAGAGUCAAAAAAGUUUUGAUGAAAUGAAAACUUGCAUCAUUGAUCAGUUUAACAAGAUCAACACGAGCAUUGGUCUUCCAGUCAAUGGAAGCGCCACAGUUGGUGAAAAUAUCGCGGAUUCCGGAGGUACGGCCCGGAGUUGGACGAUUGGGGAAACCGAAAAGUAUUAUUUUUCUUCGACGCAAGUGUCGAAAUUAGGAUAAUCGAGGGUGCUGAUUUCAAAAAUGAUAUUCAUUUUUUUGAUUGUUACUUUUUUCUUUAAGUAGUACUGUAAAGUAGUAAUUUUUUAAUUUCUUUCAAAAAUACUCGAUUUAGCGAUUUUCGAGGGUGCUGGUUUCGAAAAUCUAAUAGUUUUUUCUGAUUUGAAAGCAGCACUAACGCCAACCCCCAAAUCGAGCAUUCGAAUUCUUUUCAUGAAUGCAUUCAUGGAAAAAAUUCAAAAAAUUACUACUUUACUACUUAAAAGACGAUUUCUGAGUCAGUGAAGCAAGCCGUGACAUAGGAUUUUUUCGAAGUUGAGUUUUUUGCAUAAAUAUGAUCCACAGCACCAGUAGGGAAAAAGCGAACCACAGUUUUCCUCAAUUCUUCCAUUAACUGUACUUUUUAUACAAUUUUCUGUUUAUACAGUAAUUCGUCAUAACUUUCUACAAUGGUGUCCGUUUGUCAUAAAAAUAAGGCUACUAUGGUUUUUGGGCAUGACGAGUUCAAUAAAACCAAAAAAAUUUCAUCCGGUUACGGUAACAUAUAAAAAUACUGUAUCGGUCGGUAAAAAUCGACCAUAAAAAGUUUGUUUCAAAAAAGCCACAGCCAAUUUUUUCAUAUUCGUAAUCAGCGUAAAAUUCUGCUCUUGGACCAAUUUUAAAAAGUCCAAAAAUAGGACCCCCAUUUUCCGUGGUGCAGUGGUUUUUGACCAGGACUCGUAAUCUGACCACCCAGGUUCGAAUCCGGGUGGGUGCGAAUGUAGAAAAAAUACCUAAAAUCACUUUUAAUGAAAACCUGAGAGUUAUUUGAAGCACGCUGAGCAAUUUUAGGCAUUAAAGCUCUCUGAAUUUGGGAUUAAAACGAUUUUUAUGUAAUUUUAGAGGAUUAAUGCAUCAAAAAUAAAACUGCUUCAAACUGGUUGAAAUUGAUAACACUUAUUCUAUGGCUAAUUGUAAGAAACUUUCCUGUUAACUUUUUUUGGUAGAGUGCUGUAUCAUGGAUUACUGUAACAUAAAACUUAUUCUACUUAGCAGAUGUUUUCUUCAAAAUUCUUGGGUAAAUGUUUUUCUUUUUUUGAUUAGAUCUAUUAAAAAGCAAGAAAUCGCAACGCUCCAUAUUUCAAAAAAAAAAUUUCCCAUGAUAUAUAGUGCAUCUUGACAUCAUUAUCGAUUGGAAACCUGCGCGUUAUAACGGACGUGUUUCAAGUCCUACGGACAUAGAAAACACAUUUGUGUGAUAACCAACGUGUUCUCAAGCAUUCCUAUCAUAAUUGUGAUACACUGAAGUCUCUAUGCCCUGUGGCAUACCAAAAACGAAAACGGGUUUAAUGUUACAGUAAUCCAUGAUACAGCAUUCUACCAAAAAAAGUUAACGGGAAAGUUUCUUACAAUUAGCCAUAGAAUAAGUGUUAUCAAUUUCAACCAGUUUGAAGCAGUUUUAUUUUUGAUGCAUUAAUCCUCUAAAAUUACAUAAAAAUCGUUUUAAUCCCAAAUUCAGAGAGCUUUAAUGCCUAAAAUUGCUCAGCGUGCUUCAAAUAACUCUCAGGUUUUCAUUAAAAGUGAUUUUAGGUAUUUUUUCUACAUUCGCACCCACCCGGAUUCGAACCUGGGUGGUCAGAUUACCAGUUUUGGUCAAAAACCACUACACCACGGAAAAUGGGGGUCCUAUUUUUGAACUUUUUAAAAAUGGUCCUAGAGCAGAAUUUUACGCUGAUUACGAAUAUGAAAAAAUUGGCUGUGGCUUUUUUGAAACAAACUUUUUAUGGUCGAUUUUUACCGACCGAUACAGUAUUUUUAUAUGUUACCGUAACCGGAUGAAAUUUUUUUUCGUUUUAUUGAACUCGUCAUGCCCAAAAACCAUAGUAGUCUUAUUUUUAUGACAAACGGACACCAUUGUAGAAAGUUAUGACGAAUUACUGUAUAAACAGAAAAUUGUAUAAAAAGUACAGUUAAUGGAAGAAUUAAGGAAAACUGUGGUUCGCUUUUUCUCUACAGGUGCCAUGGGUCAUAAUAAUGUAAAAAACUCAACAUCGAAAAAAUCCUAUGUCCUGGCCUAACUACGGCUUGCUUCAGUGACUCAGAAAUCGUCUUUUAAGGAAAAAAGUAAAGAUCAAAAAAUGAAUGUCAUUUUCGAAAUCAGCACCCUUGAUCAUCCUAAUUUCACACUUGCAUCAAAGAAACAUACUUUUCGGUUUCCCAAAUCGUACCAGUUCCUGAUAAUCCAUGCCUAUCCAUUGAUAAAAAAAAUCCAAUUUACAGGGAUCCGCGCCGCAUAUAAUGGGUACAAAUAUCACGCAAACAACGUGGGUGAGGACCCCAGACUGCCGCUGCUCAGGUUUUCCCAGUUCACCAACGAUCAACUCUUUUUUAUCGCUUUCUCACGCAUUUGGUGCACAAAACAACAACAAACAGCUGCUAGAAUCUACAGCGAUGAGCAUGCUCCGGCACCGCAAAGGGUGCUCGGAACACUACAGAACACACCGGCGUUCAAAUCUGCGUUCAACUGCAAAAGUGGAGAUAAGUAUGCGCCGACGCUGCAUUGCAACGUGUACACAGGGACAGAAGGUUGUUAA